AUGUCAUCACCAUAUACAUCGCUGAAUCGAUAUCGAAAAUUACCUUUUGCUAAAAAUCCAACUGUCACACCAAAUGAUGUUCCUUAUGAUGAGAAUGCUCUACCUAAUUCUCAAACAGCAAGAUCAACGAAUUAUCGAUAUUCAAAUGAAGAUGCUCAAUUAUUAGAUGAUGUUACAUCACGUAUUGCCAUGGAUAAUAUGAAAACAAAUAGAUCUGUGAAUGAUUCACGAAUUCGUGCACCAACUGAUUUAGAUCUCCUUCAAUUGACAAUGAAUCGAAUGCAAAAAGCUGAAUCAGAUGCUCGUUAUUUGACAAGUGAAUUAAAAGAUAAAACACAACGUAUUGCUGUUCUUGAAGAGAAAACUCAUCUCUAUGAAAAAGCAUUACAGAAACAAUAUGAUGAAUCAUUUAAAAUUGAAACACUUGAAAAAAAAUGUGCACGUUUACAAUCAAUCAUUGAUCGAAUGGAGGAUCUACUCAUUGAACGUGGUCUUGAAGUUAUUGGUGGUUUAAGUGAACCUGAUAAUGUAAAUAUUUUAACUUUUGAUGAAGCCGAUCGUGUUGAACAACAACAACAACCAAUAGUAACAACAUCUGGAGCGUCAACUUGGCGACCAGAAGAAUCCAUUCCAUCGAUAUUACCAAUUGAUUAUAAUAGUAUUCUUGCAAAUAUUCGAGAACUCAAUGUAUUAGCAGGUGAAAGUGAAAUGCAUUUUGAAGCAAAUAAUCUUAAUAAUCAACGAAAUAUUUCAACAUUAAAACGUACUGAAACGAUUAGUUUAAUACUUUAUGCAAAUGGUAUUUUCUUAUUUAAUGGACCUUUUCGACCAUUUUCCGAUCCUUCUACUCAACAAUUUAUUCAUGAUAUACUUGAUGGAUUUUUUCCAACGGAAUUACAAAAACGUUUUCCUGACGGAGUACCUUUUCAUGUGUCUGAUAAGCGUGAUACUUAUUUCACGGAUGAACGUAAACAAAAAGCAUUUCAUGGUGAAGGUUAUGUUUUACAUGAUAGUCGUAUCGUUCAGACUAAUCAAAAUAUUGAUCAUCUACCACCAAUUCCACAUGGAGUAAAAAUAGAAUCUAAUGAUCAACGACCCAAAGUACCUGUUAAUCAAUUUCUUAGUCGUCUUCCAAAGACAGUUAUUAAAAAUGGGCAAGUAAUCGAUGUACGUCAAGAUAUUGAACAGCAUCUAGUUGGUAAACAACAAGAAUCAACAGCAAGAUGUGAAAGUGCGAUAAGUGAAUAUAAACCUGAUGCGGAUAAUAAUAUUCCAUUCAGUACACUACGUAUACGUUCUCAUGAUGGUCAACAAACUUAUGUUAUAAAAAUGAAAAUAACAUCGACAAUAAAAGAUGUGAAACAAAUUCUUACUAAGAAAAAAAAACUUUCAUUUGAUUUUGAUCUAUUUGCUAUGGGUACAAAAUUAUUUUUUACAGAUGAAAACCAAACACUUGAACAAUGUAAUUUAAUACCAAAUGCAACAUUAGGUAUUCGAGAAAUAAAACAAAAUACUGUUAAAAAAUAA